GGAUGGCAGUGAUCCUGCCGCCGACACUCGUAUUUGCCUAUGUGGCCCUGUCGGGUUUGUUCCUACUGCUACGUUCCAGUCUCCAGAGCUCUCAAUCGCGUCUGGGAUCGUUCCUAGUGGUAUUGAUUAUCAUCUCCUGUUAUUUACUCGCAUUCCAUGAGAUGUCGCGUCCUAUCUGGCGAGAUCUUGUCGGGCCAUUCGUCACUCAAAUCCUGAGACAACUCUCCUCACUUGCUAUGAUGGGCCCCUCCUCUUCAAAGUCCAUGGUUGUAUUCUCAACUGAAGGCAGCGUAGGAGAGGAUAUAGACACCAAUGCUCCAACCCCUGCUCAUCCUCUCGAGGUCUCGAACAAUUGGUUAGGUGAAGGAACACAGGCACUUUUGCCGAUUAUUGAGCGCGAAGCACAUGUUUCUCACUUAGUCGCUUUGUCCUUGGGGUUGUUCAUGUCGUCGCAUGUUACUGCCAUGACCAAUUCACUCAAGAAGCGAAAGAUUCCAGAGUACAUGUGAG